AUGGCCUGUGAUCUCAAGAUAACACCGUCAAGCGAAUUAAAGCUUCAGCCGCGACCACUUUACAAUAGAGAUCUCAGUAGUUCCGUAACAAUUUACAAUAAUCAGUGGACGAAAUUAUACAGUAGCUUACAUCGUUAUCAUCUCUUAUUUUACAUCGUCUCUCUUCUUCGGCGUAAACACCUUAAGGUCUAUAAACCCUUUCGCCUUUGCACACCCCCUUCUCCUUUCGCGAACCACCUCGAGCAUAAUCGAGAGCUCGCGGCUCGAAUCACAGACGAAAUUGCAACACAAUUAUUCUUCCGGUUACCUCUUCUAGUCCACGGUUACACCGAGGUUACAUCAAGGUUGUACCAAGGUUACACCAAGGUCACCGACGUUUCGGACAGACUCGGUAGGUUUCUGGCUCUUCUAGUCCAAGGUCACCGAGCUCACCAAGGUCUUCAGAUAGGCCCGGUAGGUUCGCGGCUCCUCGGAUUCCAAGGCUUCCUCGACGAGCUGAUAUUCUUUCUUCAUCUUCUACUUCAAGGUCACCGAGGUCACCAAGGUCUUCAGAUAGGCCCGGUAGGUUCGUGGCUCUUCGGAUUUCAAGGCUUCCUCGACGAGCUGAUAUUCUUUCUUCAUCUUCUACUUCAAGAUCUUCUACUUCAAGGUCACCGAGGUCACCAAGGUCACCAAGGUCUUCAGAUAGGCUCGGUAGGUUCGUGGAUCCUCGAAUUCCAAGGCUUCCUCGACGAACUGAUAUUCUUUCUUCGUCUUCUACUUCAAGGUCACCGAGGUCACCGAGGUCUUCAGAUAGGCCCGGUAGGUUCGUGGCUCCUCGAAUUCCAAGGUUUCCUCGACGAGUUGAUGUUCUUUCUUCAUCUUCUACUUCAAGGUCACCGAGGUCACCGAGGUCUUCGGAUAGGGUUGGUAGUAGCUCUUCAUUCCUUCUAUCCCUCCCUCUUCUGGUUCGCUCCUUCCAAGGUUGCCAAGGUCUCCAGAGAAGCCGACAGGUUUAGUCGCCUGGAGGAAGUGCUAUUUUCAUGGUUCCUCCGCUACCUCUUCUUCCAGGUCUCGUCCAAGAUUCUCGCGUCUUCCAGUCUCUUUUAG